AUGGCUAUGGGGGCUGUGAAGCAUACCUUGAAAGUGUUUCCAUGGCUCCUAUUCUUCGCACAAUUGGCUGUGGCCGCCACCUCCAAGUGCACAAAUGCCACAAAUGGGACUGAGACUGACAGCCUGGGUGCAAUGAAGCUGAAGCUGAUUGCCAUUGCAUCCAUCCUCACAGCUGGAGCAGCUGGUGUGCUGGUGCCAGUACUUGGCCGCUCCAUGGCCGCGCUACAUCCUGAUGGUGACAUCUUUUUCGCUGUCAAGGCAUUUGCAGCUGGUGUCAUCCUGGCCACAGGCAUGGUCCACAUUCUGCCAGCAGCAUUUGAUGGGCUGACAUCCCCAUGCCUCUACAAAGGUGGCAGUGGUGGGAACAUUUUCCCCUUUGCAGGCCUCAUUGCAAUGUCUGCUGCAAUGGCCACAAUGGUGAUAGACUCACUAGCUGCCGGAUACUACCGCCGGUCUCACUUCAAGAAGGCACAGCCAAUCGACAACCUAGAGAUCCAUGAACAACCGGGAGAUGAGGAGAGGACUGGGCAUGCACAACAUGUGCAUGUGCACACCCAUGCAACACAUGGGCAUUCACACGGAGAGGCGGAUGUCAUCAGUUCACCAGAGGAGGCUUCAAUAGCUGAUACAAUCCGGCACAGGGUGGUCCUUGAGCUUGGAAUCUUGGUGCAUUCAGUGAUAAUUGGAGUGUCCUUAGGUGCAUCUGUGAGGCCAUCCACCAUCAGGCCUCUUGUUGGUGCCCUUAGCUUCCAUCAAUUCUUUGAAGGCAUUGGCUUGGGUGGUUGCAUUGUGCAGGCAAAUUUCAAGUUGAGGGCUACCGUCAUGAUGGCAAUUUUUUUCUCCCUGACUGCACCCAUUGGCAUUGCAUUAGGGAUUGCAAUUUCAUCUAGCUACAAUGGCCAUAGCACUACAGCCUUCAUUGUUGAAGGAGUGUUCAACUCAGCCUCAGCAGGAAUUUUGAUCUACAUGUCAUUAGUCAAUCUUCUGGCCACAGAUUUCAAUAAACCCAAACUACAGACGAAUACAAAGCUUCAGCUGAUGACAUACCUUGCACUUUUCUUAGGUGCAGGGAUGAUGUCCAUGCUUGCUAUAUGGGCAUAG